AUGGCGUUCAGUUCAGAUGACCAAGACUAUGCGGGCGAGAAGAGGUUCGCCGGACGAGAUGUCCAACCUGCUCCGGACAAUGCUGUCGCCAAUAUUGACGACCCAGAGGCACCCUCCAAAGAAGUCUCGUCCAAACGGCAAAGUAUCAGCGAUCUGUUCACGAUAUUCUGCGCCGGAUUUGCGCUCAUCAGCGAUGGCUACCAAAACAGCUUAAUGACCAUGACGAAUGUUGUCCUCAAGGCCGAGUACGCGAAACAAUACACCUCCAAGUGGAGCACCCAAGUCUCUAAUGCUCUUCUUGUUGGCGAGAUCUUUGGUCAGAUCAUCAUUGGCUUGACGUGCGACUAUCUUGGACGAAAGACUGCGAUUAUUGUUACGACGCUGAUGAUUGUCUUCGGCGGUAUCCUGGCUACUGCUUCGAAUGGCCAUACCAUCUACGGCAUGUUCUGGAUGUUGACUGUGGCUCGAGGCAUUGUAGGUUUCGGGACGGGGGGUGAGUAUCCUGCGUCAUCAACUAGUGCUUCGGAAGCUGCGAACGAGAGCCGCUUGUCACAGCGUGGACCUAUCUUCAUCCUGGUCACGAACCUGCCAUUGUCCUUCGGAGGUCCCUUGUCGGUCUCGAUCUUCCUGAUCGUUUUGUCGGCCGCUGGCCAAGCCAGGUUGUCCACGAUAUGGCGGGUCUGCUUUGGUAUUGGUAUCAUCUUCCCAUUUACCGUCUUCUACUUCCGCUUGAAGAUGCUUAACAGCAAGCUCUACCGCCGUGGAGCCAUCAAACGUAGAGUACCAUACCUACUUGUCUUACGCUACUACUGGAAGUCUUUGAUUGGUACUUGUGGAGCAUGGUUUUUGUACGACUUUGUCACGUUCCCCAACGGUAUCUUCUCUGGCCAGAUUAUCUCGUCCGUCGUCAACAAGCACGACAAUAUUCGAUCCACCGCGGAAUGGCAGCUUCUUCUGGGCACCCUCUCAUUGCCAGGUGUGUUCAUUGGCGCUCUUCUCUGCAACCGUCUUGGGCGAAAGAACACCAUGAUGCUCGGUUUCGCGGGCUAUCUUGUCUUCGGCCUCGCCGUCGGCUGUUCUUAUGAUAAGGUCACCAAAAUUGUACCGCUCUUCGUCAUCCUGUACGGCUUGAUGCAGUCGAGUGGCAAUCUUGGACCUGGGGAUAUGCUUGGCCUGCUAUCGUCCGAGUCUUACGCUACUGCUGUAAGAGGGACAUGCUAUGGUAUCUCUGCUGCCCUUGGAAAGACUGGCGCAGCUGUUGGCACGCAAGCAUUUACGCCAAUACAAACCCAUCUCGGCAAGCGGUGGACAUUUAUCAUCGCUGCUAUUUGCGGUGUGGCUGGUAUCCUGGUCACCUUUUUCUUCGUGCCCAAUAUCAAGGGAGACGAUCUGGCAAAUGCAGACGAGAAAUUUCGACUAUACCUCGUCAGCAAAGGCUGGGAUGGCGAGAUGGGAGAGGACGAUCUUAAAGCUCUCGCGGAUCAGGGCAUACCCGAGAGCGUUAUGGAAGACGCGGAACGAGAAGGCAGCAUUGCCAAAGCCAUGUAG